UACGCGGACGCGGAUGAUUUUAGUCGUUGCCGCGCCGCCGUCAGCGACGUUGCCAAAACCGGCGCCGACGACGCCGACGCAUUGUUACGAUUUAAAGUGCGCGCCGACGACGACGCCGCCGUCGUCGACUUUUUAAAUCAAAUUAAUAUUAUGAUCGACGUAUUUAUUCAAGCCAGUUUUAUGCAUGUUGUUAUUUAAUAGGAUAUAUAUAUAUAGAUGCUCGAUUUUUUUAGGGAAUGUUCAGAUACCUGCUAUAUCAAAGGCCAGUAAUUGCAAACAGUACCAGUAUCACUAUUUCCUUAGAAUCAUAAACUAAACGUUCACCAGAUUUCAAAUCGCGUGUUUUGUGUUUAUUUUUUUUUUGACUCGAGUGCCUCAGGAACAAGUUAAAAAAACAGAUCGGGACAGGAUUCUUAUGGUUUUCAUGGACGAAUGUCAGACCGACUCGACCAGGUGGAUCGGGGCACCUCGUCCAGGUGUUCCUAUGUCUCCUACGGCCCCAGAGGCAGAAGGACCACCGGUGCAAAUGGAGCCGGUCGAUCUUAGCGUUAAGACGUCCCCGACGAAACCGAGAACCCCACCGCAAAAGUUGAGGAAUCCUGCACCGGCAGGGAAAAUACAUAAACCACCUGAUAUUCCGAAACAUACACUUCUACCAACAUCGCCAGACAUCAGCCUAGCUCUUGCCGCCGACCCUACUAGAUCUCUAACAUCCACUGCUGCCCUUUUAGCUUUACAGAGGAUAAAAGACGCUGCAUCCAUAUCGCUCAGUAUAACACCGUCGCCUUUACCACCGUCGUCACCAACAACAAAAUCAACAGUGAGCAACAACAACACGUCGUUGAUCAACAACAACACGAUCUACGACGACAUUAAGCCGACGAUGCCCGAGGUGACCAUACGAAGACGAAAAAUCCAUCGGUGUGACGUGGCGGGGUGUCACAAGGUCUACACGAAGAGUUCCCAUUUGAAGGCUCAUAAAAGAACUCAUACAGGUGAGAAACCGUAUCAAUGUUCCUGGGAGGGUUGCACGUGGAAAUUCGCCAGAUCCGACGAGCUGACCAGGCAUUACAGGAAACACACCGGCCAGAAACCGUUCAGUUGCAAUCUGUGUCAACGGUCGUUUAGUAGGUCCGAUCAUCUUUCGUUGCACAUGAAGCGACAUUGACUGUACAGAAUGUGUUCAAAAAAAACUAAUGUAUCCAUCAAUAAUCGGUUAUAUGUGUGAGACAUUUGCAUUACAGAAUAUUCUGCCAUUAGGCACCCCAUAUUCAAGAGGGACAAUUAUCUACUGCCAGUACCAAGCUCUCAAAUAUUUUUUUAUGAUUAUAGUCUUUGCCCCCAUACAAACGUUUCUUGAUACCCAAUAAUAAGGAAAACAUGUAUGGUAGCGAAAACCAUGAAACAUAAAUCAAAGAAUUCAGAGUUCGUUCGUUCGUUCUCUCCUGCACCUGUCUCGCAAAUCCGACUUAAAGAAGCCGAAGCGAUUCGAAAAUGACAUAAUCACGCACACACGAGCUACCGCAUAAAUAACGUCGAUAUUUAAAAAAAAAAUAACGAAAGCGUGAUUUCGAUAUUGGAAACAUGUGCAGUCACGAUCGGAUAUCUGAACAGCAAAAAAAAUAAACAUCUAUUGACAUAUUGUGGUAGAAGCGUGUCUACAAUGAUGGCACAUAUACGAUUUUGGUUAGUAAAUGUUGUCAUAAGCGUUUGUACAGUCAGGACAGGCUUCCUAUUUUAAACACUGUUAGUCGGUUCAGCAGUAGAAUCCUCAAAAUCAAAAUUGACAAUAUCUAGCAUCGAAAUAUAUAUAUUUCCCAAAUAUGGCAAUAAUGAGUUCUUUAGGUUUUACUAUGCAGAACAUUUUUUAAAUAGUUUGCAGGAUGUAUCAUAAAUUUGAGCAUAUUAUCUAUGGAUCAAAUGAAUGAUAUUUUAUAAGCAGAUUUUAGAACAGGAAUCAUAGUAAUCGGAGCAUUAGAACGCGAGUUAUGGACCUGAGAAUCCAAGACAAUUUUUUCAGUUUUGCUUUAUUGAGAUGCCACCUACAAAAAUGUUAAUUAAAAAUUAAUUAUUGCAGGGAUUUAGAUGAAAUUUCAUGGAAGUGUUAAGGAAAGUCUCGUAAUUAAUUUAAAAUAGAAAUCAUGAAUAUCGAAGCAUCAGAACGUAAGUUAUAAGGUAGGGAACCCAAAACAAUUUUUCCAGUUUUGCUUUAACAUCUACAAAAAUAUUAAUAAGAAAUUGAUUAUUACAGGGAUUUGAAUCAAAUUUGGUGAAGAUAUUAAGGAAAAUCCCGACAUUAUUUUAAAGCAUAAAUCAUAGAUAUUGGAGCGUUAGGAGGCGAGUUAUAAACUAGAGAACCCAAAACAAUUUUUUCAGUUUUUCUUUAUCGGGACGCCACCUACAAAAAUGUCAAUUAAAAAUGAAUUAUUUCAGCGAUUUGAUUAAAAUUUCAUGGAGAUGUUAAGGAAAGUCUCGAAAUUAAUUUAAAGCAGAAAUCAUGAAAAUCGGAGCUUUAGAACGCGAGUUAUCAACCUAAGAACCCAAGACAAUUUUUCCAGUUUUGCUUUAUCGGGACGCCACUUACAAAAAUGUUAAUAAAAAAUUAAUUAUUACAGGGUUUUGGAUGAAACUUCGUGGAGAUCUUAAGGAAAGUCCCAAAAUUAUUGUAAAGCAUAAAUUAUGGAAAUCGAAGCAUUAGAAGACGAGUUAUAAACUAGAGAACCCAAAACAAUUUUUUCAGUUUUUCUUUAUCGAGACGCCACCUACAAAAAUGUUAAUUAAAAAUGAAUUAUUUCAGCGAUUUAAUUAAAAUUUCAUGGAGAUGUUAAGGAAAGUCUCGAAAUUAAUUUAAAGCAGAAAUCAUGAAAAUCGGAGCUUUAGAACGCGAGUUAUCAAACUACGGAACCCAAAACAAUGUUUUCAGUUUUGCUUUAACAUCUACAAAAAUGUUUAUAAGAAAUUGAUUAUUACAGGGAUUUGAAUCAAAUUUGGUGAACAAAGGGGAGGAGAAAGUAAACUCAAAGUCCAAGUCUCAUAGUCAAGCGUCUAUUUAAAUGUUACGCGUUUCGCCGCAUUAGGACAUCAUCAGACCUAUUUAAAUACAAAAAACUGCACACUGACUCACACUAACAUAAAAAUAAAAUAAAAUAAGUUUAUACCAUCGUGUAUCGUUAUUGACUAUACACGAUGUACGCGUAACCUUUAAAUAGACGCUUGAUUAUGAGACUUGGACUUUGAGUUUACUUUCUCCUCCCCUUUGUUCAUAUACUUAAGUCUCUUUGGGAAUGAUGGAUGAUUAUUUUGAAAUUCGGUGAAGAUAUUAAGGAAAGUCCCGAAAUUAUUUAAAAGCAUAAAUCAUGGAAAUCGGAGCAUUAGAAGGCGAGUUAUAAACUAGACAACCCAAAACAAUUUUGUCAGUUUUUCUUUAUCGGGACGCCACCUACAAAAAUGUUAAUUAAAAAUGCAUUAUUGCAGCGAUUUGAUUAAAAUUUCAUGGAGAUGUUAAGGAAAGUCUCAAAAUUAAUUUAAAGCAGAAAUCAUGAAAAUCGGAGCUUUAGAACGCGAGUUAUCAAUCUAAGAACCGAAAAUAAUUUUUCCAGUUCUGCUUUAUCGGGAUGCCACUUACAAAAAUGUUAAUAAAAAAUUAAUUAUUACAGGGAUUGGGAUGAAACUUCAUGAAGAUGUUAAGGAAAGUCUCGUAAUUAAUUUAAAGCAGAAAUCGUGGAAAUCGAAGCAUCAGAACACGAAUUACAUACCAAUGAACCAAAAUAAAUUUUCCAGUUUUACUUUAUUAAGGCGUCACUACAAAAAUUUGAAUAAAAAAUUAGUUAUUACAGGGACUUAAAUGAAAUUUCAUAGAGUUAUUAAGGAAAGUUUCAUCAUUAAUUUAAAAGAGAAAUCAUAGAAAUUGGAGCAUUAGAACACGGGUUAUAGACCAGAGAAGCCAAAACAAUUUUUCUAGUUUUGCUUUGUAUAUUGUGUCUUUUUCAGAUCUGCAUGAUCUCUACGGCACAGCUCAAGAACAAAUACCAUCCACUUCUUCAGAUGCGGAUGGCAUGUGUCAUCAACUUCUUCAGAUGUGGAUGGCAUGUGUCACAGAAACGUGGUAAGAUAACUACUGUUAAUUAAAAAUGAAUUAUUGCAGGGAUUUAGAUGAAAUUUCAUGGAGGUGUUAAGGAAAAUUUCGUAAUUAAUUUAAAGCAGAAAUCAUGAAAAUCGAAGCAUCAGAACGCAAGUUAUGAGGUAGGGAACCCAAAACAAUUUUUUCAGUUUUUCUUUAUCGAGACGCCACCUACAAAAAUGUCAAUUAAAAAAUAAUUAUUUCAGUGAUUUGAUUAAAAUUUCAUGGAGAUGUUAAGGAAAGUCUCGAAAUUAAUUUAAAGCAGAAAUCAUGAAAAUCGGAGCUUUAGAACGCGAGUUAUCAACCUAAGAACCCAAGACAAUUUUUCCAGUUUUGCUUUAUCGGGACGCCAUCUACAAAAAUAUUAAUAAAAAAUGAAUUAUUACAGCGAUUUGAAUGAAACUUUAUGGAGAUGUUAAUAAAAUCUCAAGAUUAAUUUAAAGCAGAAAUCAUGAAAAUCGAAGCAUCAGAUCACGAGUUAUAAACCAAUGAACCUAAAACAAUUUUUCCAGUUUUACUUUAUUAAAGCAUCACUUACAAAAAUUUUAAUAAAAAAAUUAGUUCGGUCAGGUCCAUUAGAGAUUGGACCCUGCGGAUUACAAGCCCAAUAAUCGGUCGUCAUUAGUUGCGGUCCGUAACCUAAAGUUUCUUAAAGUCUCAUAAGUCACACUUGAUAAUGCAAUCCCCGUGCCUGAUAUGAAUUGGUGCGAUUGCAGACAUCACAGCCAAGUUACACCCUUUAACGGGUGAAUCACGGAUGACACGAAAAAAAUUAGUUAUUACAGGGACUUAAAUGAAAUUUCAUAGAGUUAUUAAGGAAAGUUUCGUCAUUAAUUUAAAACAGAAAUCAUAGAAAUAGAAGCAUUAGAACACGAGUUAUAGGCCAGAGAACCCAAAGCAAUUUUUCCAGUUUUGUUUUAUUGGGAUGUCAUUUACAAAAAUAUUAAUAAGAAAUUAAUUAUUACAGGGAUUUGAAUCAAAUUUGGUGAAGAUAUUAAGGAAAGUCCCGAAAUUAUUUUAAAGCAUAAAUCAUGGAAAUCGGAGCAUUAGAAGGCGAGUUAGAAACUAGAGAACCCAAAACAAUUUUUUCAGUUUUUCUUUAUCGGGACGCCACCUACAAAAAUGUUAACUAAAAAUGAAUUAUUCCAGGGAUUUGAUUAAAAUUUCAUGGAGAUGUUAAGGAAAGUCUCGAAAUUAAUUUAAAGCAGAAAUCAUGAAAAUUGAAGCAUUAAAACGCGAGUUAUAGACCUGAGAACCCAAGACAAUUUUUCCAGUUCUGCUUUAUCGGGAUGCCACUUACAAAAAUGUUAAUAAAAAAUUAAUUAUUACAGGGAUUUGGAUGAAACUUCAUGGAGAUGUUAAAAAAAGUCUCGAAAUUAAUUUAAAGUAGAAAUCGUGGAAAUCGGAGCAUUGGAACACGAGUUAUAAGCCAAUGAACCCAAAACAAUAUUUCCAGUUUUACUUCAUUAAAGCGUCACUUACAAACAUUUGAAUAAAAAAUUAGUUAUUCCAGGGAUUUGAAUGAAAUUUUGUACAUAUGUUAAGGAAAGUCCCAAAAUUAAUUUAAAGUGGAAAUCAUAGAAAUUGAAGCAUUAGAACGCGAGUUAUGGACCUGAGAACCCAAAACAAAUUUUUCAGUUUUGCUUUAUCGGGACGCCAUCUACAAAAAUAUUAAUAAAAAAUGAAUUAUUACAGGGAUUUGGAUGAAAUUUCAUGGAGAUGUUAAAAAAAGUCUCGAAAUUAAUUUAAAGCAGAAAUCAUGAAAAUCGGAGCUUUAGAACGCAAGUUAUUAAUCUAAGAACCCAAGACAAUUUUUGCAGUUUUGCUUUAUCGGGACGCCACUUACAAAAAUGUUAAUAGAAAAUUAGUUAUUGCAGGGAUUUGAAUGAAAUUUCAUACAGAUAUUAAGGAAAGUCCCAAAAUUAAUUUAAAGUAGAAAUCAUAGAAAUUGAAGCAUUAGAACGCGAGUUAUGGACUUGUGAACCCAAAACAUUUUUUUCAGUUUUGCUUUAUCGGGACGCCAUCUACAAAAAUAUUAAUAAAGAAUUAUUUAUUCGAGGGACUUGAAUGAAAUUUUAUAGAGAUAUUAAGAAAAGUUCCAGAAUUAAUUUAAAGCAGAAAUCAUAAAAAUCGGAGCAUGAGAACGCGAGUUAUAGACUAGAGAACCCAAAACAGUUUUUUCAGUUUUUCUUUAUCGGGACCCCACCUACAAAAAUGUUAAUUAAAAAUGAAUUAUUGCAGGGAUUUAGAUGAAAUUUCAUGGAGGUGUUAAGGAAAAUCUCGUAAUUAAUUUAAAGUAGAAAUCAUAAAAAUCGAAGCAUCAGAACGUAAGUUAUAAGGUAGGGAACCCAAAAUAAUUUUUCCAGUUUUGCUUUAACAUCUACAAAAAUAGAGAAAAAAAAAUGAAAACUCCAAGUCUUAGUCUCAAAAUGUCUUUUUAAUUAUUCAGGUGACAUGUUUCGCUAAUGAAGCAUCAUCAGACCUACAAUAAACAGAAAAACACACGUAACUACAAUAAAACCUUACACUAAAACAAAAUCAAAUAUUAAAAAUUAAAUAAAAUUACCUUAUAGCUAGAUGACCUGCUAAGUACUGAUAAAUAUAAUUUAAAUAUGAGAAUACCCACAUAUUUUGUAAUAAAAAACAAUAACACGGUACAAAAAUUCAACAAAAAAUAUAAAAAGGGAAAAACGUGACAGGUGUAUGAUUUGAUCUACAAAAAUGUUAAUAGGAAAUUGAUUAUUACAGGGAUUUAAAUCACAUUUGGUGAAGAUAUUAAGGAAAGUUCCGAAAUUAUUUUAAAGCAUAAAUCAUGGAAAUCGGAGCAUUAGAAGGCGAGUUAGAAACUAGAGAACCCAAAACAAUUUUUUCAGUUUUUCUUUAUCGGGACGCCACCUACAAAAAUGUUAAUUAAAAAUGAAUUAUUGCAGGGAUUUGGAUGAAAUUUCAUGGAGAUGUUAAAAAAAGUCUUGUAAUUAAUGUAAAGCAGAAAUCAUGAAAAUCGAAGCAUCAGAACGCAAGUUAUAUAUAAGGUAGGGAACCCAAAACAAUUUUUCCAGUUUUGCUUUAACAUCUAUAAAAAUGUUAAUAAGAAAUUUAUUAUUACAGGGAUUUGAAUCAAAUUUGGUGAAGAUAUUAAGGAAAGUCCCGAAAUUAUUUUAAAGCAGAAAUCAUGAAAAUCGGAGCUUUAGAACGCGAGUUAUCAACCUAAGAACCCAAGACAAUUGUUCCAGUUUUGCUUUAUCGGGACGCCACUUACAAAAAUGUUAAUAGAAAAUUAAUUAUUGCCGGGAUUUGACCGAAAUUUCAUAGAGACGUUAAGGAAAGUCCCAGAAUUAAUUUAAAAUAAAAACCAUGGAAAGCGGAACAUUAGAACGCGAGUUAUAGACCAGAGAACCCAGUACAAUUUUCUCAAUUCUACUUUAAUAAGGCAUUCACUUACAAAAAUGUGAAUAAAAAAUUAGUUAUUACAGAGACUUGAAUGAAACUUCAUAACAAUGUUAAGGAAAGUCCCGAAAUUAAUUUAAAGUAGAAAUUAUGGAAAUUGGAGCAUUAGAACGUGAGUUAUAGCCCUGAGAAUUCAAAACAAUUUUUCUAGUUUUACUUUAUAUUGCUCCCUCUAAUUUAAAACCAUUUACUUCUUUGGAAUGUAGCCAAUAUUCAGUGAGACAUAAGAAAUCAAAAUUUUGUUCAACUAAAAAUGUUUCGAAUUGAUGGUUUUUAGUUCUAAUUAACAGAAUUGCCUCUUUUGAGACAUUAAAGUUUUCACCUAUUUAUCUUUACACCUUUAGACAAUAGGUUCGCCUUCAUAACUAAGAUGCUAUUUACUAUAGCGGGUAUUCCGAUUUUAAAUGAACACACCUGUUCUCAUAUUUAAUUUAAAGUAAUUCAGAUAAAGAUUUGCGUAUAUCAUUUUCACAAAGAUACCUGUUAGGAAGUACCUACUAGAAGUUUACAAACUUAAUAGGAAAAACCAUGCUUAAAAAGUCUAUUUUCUUCUUCUUUUCUAUAGAGAUAGCUAUCUAUUUUCUAAAUUAAUUUUUACUAUAUAUAAAAGUGACAUACAAAAUAAGUAACUCAUGCAUAAUCCUCAUUACUAACUGCCUGAACUUCAGUAAUGUUUGCGGAAUUAAUAAGUUACCACACAAUAGCAAGUCAUAUAUAACAUUGUACUUGAAUUCUACGUAGGAAUACUCUGAGGCAGAAUAUUCAGGGUCUUAAAAUUUACUAAUUCAUGAUACGUCCUGCAUAACCCAAUUACACGGCGCAAAUUGCGAUAAACGAAAUGAAUUUUAUGACAUUUCCUGAACAUUCCUAGUAGCUAGUUAAUUUUACGUUGUAAUGUAUAAUUUUAAGAAAUCGGAACACGGUGCCAGUAGCAAUGUGAACAUUUUUUUUUUACUUUAUAGUGUAAUUAGUAUGUUUAAGUUUUUUUUUUUUAAUUGUAAUUUGUUGUCAAAGUAGGAGAUUUUUGUUUUUGUUUUUCAAAAAAUGUAAAUUUGUAGAUAUGUACGUAAAUUCUUUGCGGCAGUACGAUCCAACAAGCUGGAAUAGAAAUUUCAGUUCAGUGAUAUGUAACAUGUUCAGUCAGUGUUAUCUUAAGCAAAUAUGUAUUUUGUUUUAUAAUUUAAAAUAUAGAAGAAAAAAGGCGUUGGAAAUUAAGUCUUAAGCAAGAACCUGGUGGCAAUUAAGCAAAAUUUUGCAAGCCAUAGACAUCUUUUAUCUCUCUUGGUUACCAUGUUUAUAAAUGCUUGUUUAAUACUUUAAAACACUGUAUUAAUGACACAACUGGCUGAAGAUGUUGACAUGCUUCAUAAGCGCUUAAUUUAAUUAAAGUUUUUUGGACCGCACUGCUUAUAUUUGCAUAAAAUUCAUUUGUAUAUAUAAUAUUUUGGUAAACUUUGUGAUAAAACAAAAAAACAAA